AUGGCACACUCAGAGCGUCAGAAUGAAUACUUCAUUGAGAAAGACGGCAUCAGCCGCGAGGUGAUACAAGCAGAUAUCUGUCGCUAUCUUGGAAAUGACGCCCUUGUCAAGCCUGGGGUUCACCAGGGUCGCCCGGGAUAUUUUAUUCGUGCUUAUCGAAACUUGACUUCGGAGAUGAUCGCUGAUCUUAAAGCCGAUUCGGCUCGAUGGGAAGCGGAGACGUCUCGCAGAGCUGAGAGAGGGCACCCCAGAGGUAAAUGUUAUCCUCCGGCACAUAUGCUACAGCGCCCUAACAGCGUUUCAGCCUCUUAUAAUUCCUCCGCCAUCCACGAAUCUCGGCAACAAGCGACAUACGCUCCUGCUACCACUUCACAACCGUACAUGGAUCCAUAUGGCUCAUCGCAAAAUGCAUAUCCUCCUCAGCCAAAUGCACCUGGAUAUCCACAAACAUUCAGCCAGCCCUCCGGUUAUCCUUCGGAUCCGGCUACAUAUGGCACUAAUCCAAAUGCAUAUGCCCCAGGACAAUCAUCAGCUCCCGUGGUCACAACUGCAGAAAUGCAGCCAUCGUAUACAUACACCCCUGGCAACGCCUAUCCAUAUGCAGAUAGCCGGGCAGCUCCCCGCUACACCGGCCAAGGAUAUGAAAAUGACGGCCCAGAAUACCCACCGGUCGCUACCACGGGUAUGGGCUAUCCCCCAACGACUGCUCCCGAUCCUCGGAUGAUGGAUCCCAGAUACUCCCCUGAAAAUGCCUACCAGGACCCCAGGGCCCCAGUUAGCAGGACACUUCCGCCAAGGGAUAGAGAUGCUCAGCGUCGGCCUCGCUAA